AUCCUCACAUGCUACCAAAAUCCAACAGAAGUAGCACCAGCACACCCUUUCCCUUUCCCUCUUCCUUUCCUUUAUAAUUACCUCUCACACACUCUCUCUCUUUUUUCUUUUUUUCUCUGUCGUCCAUCUCUCUUCUUUCUUUUGAUUAUAUUGAGGGGGAUUAGAAUUAGACCCUUUUUGUAGCCAUGAAAAAAGGUUGGUUUUGAAUCAGUAAAUCUCUGUAUGGAGUAUUGCAGCCCCUAUGUUUAGCAACUGGAAAAGGCUGAUAUCCUUUGUUGAAAGAAUGGUCUCUUUUGCCGGAUUUGACUUGAACCAAGUUGUUCCUUUUGGGGAUGGGAGUUAUUUGUAUACUCCUCUUUGAGCGGUCCCUUUAGGUUUUCCUCUAUUAGAAGAAAAUAAGAUUCUCACAAAAGCUGAACCGUCAAUUUUCAGUGAUUCAUUUGCAGAAUUCUCCCAAACUGUACUAUAAAAUUGGUGGGUUUUCUAUUCACUUUUUCAUCCUUGCUGUGUGGAUCGUUUCCCAAUGACAAGGUACCCACUGUUAGUCUGGUCUUUUUCUAUCUUUCUGCUCGCUUCUGAUGUCUGAUACAUAUUUGCUCUUCUCUUAAUUUUUUGUAUUCUCUCUCUCUCUCUCUCUCUCUCUCUCUUGCUCUCUCCAUGAUGCAAUUCUCUGAAAUCCCACCCUUGCACCAAAUCCCUCCAUUUUCAAUCCCCACAAUGAACAAAAACCAAAUCCAUCGGGCUCGUCCAUGGCCUGGGUUCCCUACCUCAAAGGGCUUAGGCAGCUUUGGUGAUGCCAAUUGCAUGGAACAACUUCUAGUGCACUGUGCAAACGCUAUUGAGAGCAACGAUGCUACUCUAGCGCAGCAAAUUCUUUGGGUUCUCAACAACAUUGCACCACCAGAUGGUGAUUCCAACCAGCGCUUAACAUGUGCUUUCCUUCGAGCUCUUAUUGUCCGAGCAGCCAAAAGCGGCACUUGCAAAAUGCUUGCAGCAAUGGCCAACGCUCACUGCAACCUCUCUAUAGAUAUCCACACUUUCUCCGUCAUCGAGUUGGCUAGCUUCGUGGACUUAACCCCGUGGCAUCGCUUCGGUUUCACCGCAGCAAAUGCAGCGAUACUAGAAGCUGUGGAAGGGUAUUCGGUCAUUCACAUAGUUGAUUUAAGCUUGACGCAUUGCAUGCAAAUCCCUACAUUAAUCGAUGCCAUAGCUAGUAGGCUGGAAGGACCCCCACUUGUGAAACUCACGGUUGCUGGUGGUGCAACUGAAGAUGUUCCACCAAUGCUCGACCUUUCCUACGAAGAGCUAGGCUCCAAAUUGAUUAACUUCGCUAGGUCCCGCAACGUAGUAUUGGAAUUCAGAGCGAUUCCUUCAACUUACGCCGAUGGAUUCUCCUCUUUGAUCGAGCAGCUUCGAGUUCAACAUUUAGUAUAUGCAGAAAGCGGUGAGGCUCUAGUCAUAAACUGUCACAUGAUGCUUCACUACUUACCAGAAGAAACAUUGCCUCCUCUUUCAAAUGUAAAUUCAAACCCUUACUCGUUCGAACCAUCGUCCACUCAAUCUCUUCGAGCCAUGUUCCUGAAGGCGCUUCGGGGAUUGGACCCAACAGUGGUUGUCCUAGUAGACGAGGAUGCGGAUUUUACAUCAAAUAAUUUGGUUUGUAGACUAAGGGCUGCUUUCAAUUACCUAUGGAUACCAUACGAUACGGUGGACACGUUUCUGCCACAAGGGAGCAAGCAAAGACAGUGGUACGAGGCAGACAUAUGUUGGAAGAUAGAGAACGUGAUAGCUCAUGAAGGGCUGCAAAGGGUGGAGAGGCUAGAACCAAAGAGCCGGUGGGUGCAGCGGAUGAGAAACGCGGGUUUUCGUGGGGUUAGCUUCGGUGAAGAGGCCAUCUCGGAAGUGAAAACAAUGCUUGAUGAACAUGCAGCUGGAUGGGGAUUAAAGAAAGAAGAAGAUGAUCUUGUACUUACUUGGAAAGGACAUAAUGUUGUAUUUGCCACUGCUUGGCUGCCUGCUUGAACCUUUUUAUUGCUUUCUUUUUCCAACAAAUUAUAAUUGAAUUUUUCUUGUCUUAAUUACUA